GUUGGAGCUCUCGCUAUCGUUUAUUAAGACCAAUGUUCUGAUGCCGAUUUUCUAACGAGAAUCGACGUUCAAUGCGAAGGAAAAUAAAGGAACUCCGCGUUCUCCAAGUCUGAUUGAAUACUUCGCUGUCCAUCGUCCCGAUCUCGAGGGGACAAUAGUGAAAGAGACAGGCCUCGAAUGCGAGUUUUUUUAUGCGUGUUUGCUCCGAUAAAGCAUGUGCUCCAAUACAAAUGAUAUUGAUGGGAAUGUUGAACAUGGUGCAAAAGUCAGAUAACGGAAACAGCACCGUCGACGUCGGACCUCGCACGCACGCGAGUUCGAUCGACCGCGAGUCGUUCGCCACGGCCUUGAUGCAUUAGACGACACCGUGAAUGCAUCGGACGCAAUCAGAAUGUCAUUCUUCGGGCGGAAAAUGGGCGGCAGGAGCGGCGGAAGUUCCGAGCAUACCGGUCGUAACUUGCAGGACGGUCUGUUUCAGAUCGCGUCGCAAGCUUGUCACAUCCUAGUGCAAGUGAAUAACACGCACAAUGUUUCUUACGGGGGUAGCAAUAAUGUGAAUAAUAUCGCGUAUUCGAAAUAUUCCAUGGCCGGCGGUUCGACUACUUCGACAACGUCAUCAUCAACAAAAGGGACGACCUCCGACAAAACUUACCCAAAGUAUGCGGAAUCUCGGGAUAAAGACCAAGAUGUGGUUGUAUUGUUGCCGCAUCGCAAGAAUAGAACACCGCGACUUAAGCACAAAUUAUCGACUGUGUCCGAAAACGCACGGUUGGACGUAAACUCUCCAGGCGGUGACGACGACUUUGAGCUAUGGGACCAGUCUGGAUUUAUGUUAAGGAACGAUGUGGAUGAUCUCACAAAUGCAAGAUGGGGCGCGCAGAGUUGGUGCAGACCGAGUUGCAUACCAAUAACGAUCAUAUUAAUUUUGAUCGUCCUGGUCGUACUUUUGCCAUUAUUGGACCACGCGGCAGACAAGUAUGCGCUAAAUGCUACCGCAUUGGAUACAGAGUCGUGCAUGGAUCAUUGCAGUAUAUCUUUGGUAGAAACUAUACCUAUAGGUAUGAAUUACAAUAAUAAUACCGCGCCACACGAGACUAUCCAUGAUUCUUGGAUGGAUCUCAUCGGAAUGGCACAGGAGAGCAUCGAAAUCGCAUCGCUUUAUUGGACGAUGAAGAGAGACGAUGUGGUUCCUUCAGAUAACAGUGCUCAGAAUGGAGAACAAGUGUUCCAGGCGCUUUUAGAAGCUGGAAGAGAUAGGCAGAUUGCGUUAAAAAUUGCACAGAAUUUCCCUUCUCACUUGUCGCCGAAUGUGGAUACGCAAAUCUUAGCCAAAAAAGCUAAUGCACUAGUGAUGGAUUUAAAUUUUGCUGGAUUGUUGGGCGGCGGUGUACUUCAUACGAAAUUGUGGCUCAUCGAUCGUACUCACAUAUACGUUGGUUCAGCGAAUAUGGAUUGGAGAUCUCUUUCACACGUGAAGGAACUCGGCUUGGUGGCAUUGAACUGUUCCUGUUUAGCAAACGAUUAUGCUAAAAUAUUUGAUGUGUAUUGGAAGUUAGGCGAAGAUGGUAAAGUGCCUUCCACAUGGCCGGAUUCUCUCAGCACAAAAAUAAAUAUAGAUAAUCCUAUGAAUUUUACAUACAUGGAAAACAAGUACAAAAUAUUUAUCGCGAGCUCACCUCCGCCAUUUUCGCCGAAAGGUAGAAGCAACGAUCUAGACGCGAUCUUGCACUGUAUUGCUAAAGCGGAAAAGUUUAUUUAUAUCUCUGUGAUGGAUUAUUUUCCAUUAACGAUAUAUACUGCACAAAUAAAAUAUUGGCCUAUAAUAGACAAUGCUCUGAGAGCGGCAGCGAUCGAGCGUAAAAUAGAAGUGCGUCUUUUGAUUUCCUGGUGGAAACAUUCAAAACCGUCCGAAUCAUAUUUUCUUAAAUCGUUGCAAGAUCUGACGCAUUCUUACCCCAAUGUCAAAAUCGAAGUAAGGCGAUUUAUCGUACCCACCUCACCAACUCUAGAUAAAAUACCAUUCGCGAGAGUAAACCAUAACAAAUAUAUGGUUACCGAUAUAGCGGCUUAUAUAGGAACGAGUAAUUGGUCAGGUGACUAUUUUAUUGACACAGCUGGUAUCGGUACCGUAUUUGAAAGCGUUGGACGUCAGAAUACAGACAAUAUAAGACAACAGCUGGAAAAUAUCUUCCGCCGCGAUUGGUAUUCCAACUAUUCGUUCCCGUUGCAUAAUAUAAACGAGACGCGUUUCGCAAACACGUGGGGUUUAUCGAGAAAUUCAUAUCAACGCGCGUCGUAUGAACCUUACAUACAUACGUAAUUAUAAUAUAUAUAUUUCUUCUUUGAUCUUUUAAUUUAGAAAAAUUUUAUCGUAUCGAUUUGCAGGAAGAAAAUUCAUCUCAUUUUUCAAUAGAAAUAUAUACAAAAUUGAUAUUUUUAAUUACAUUCUCGACUUAUAUGUAUAUAUGCGCUCUCUCUGC